AGGGUUUUCUUCUUAAACACAGAAUAUUUAGGGUUCUCUGUUUUCUUUCCCGAAGGUGGUGUUCUCUUACUGGAAGAAAGUUGCAGCCACAAAAUCAGAUCCGAGAAUGCCUAAGCAAAUCCACGAAAUCAAGGACUUCCUUCUGACGGCGAGAAGGAAGGAUGCUAGGUCUGUGAAGAUUAAGAGAAGCAAAGACAUUGUGAAAUUUAAGGUCAGGUGCUCAAGGUACCUCUACACACUAUGCGUCUUCGACCAAGAGAAGGCUGAUAAGCUUAAGCAGUCACUUCCACCAGGUUUGAGUGUGCAAGACCUUUGAAGAUCUUUUAAAAUCGGGGCAUGUCGAUCCUAUGCGUUGAAUUUGAUACUCCGAUCUCAUGGGUGGUUGAUUUUGUCUUUUGCUUUUGGUGCUGUCUUUUGAUUCAGACUUUCCUUCUUCUUUGUUAACUCGAAAACAUUAAUGCGUUGGAAUUGUAUUUUGCUAUAUUUUUUUGGCUAUUAUAGUUAUCUGCUUAUUGAUAGCGUCAUUGCA